UCCGACGACUGCACCCCGCCCGCUUUGGCAGCUGGACGACUUCCCCCCUCUCGUUCUUGCCUCGCAGGAAGCUCGUCUCUUUAUCUCCCCCACUCCCGAAAAAACAAAACAAAAAACACGAUAGAGAGAAGCGAGGACAAGGCGGGGGCAACUCGAGGAGAUUGGAGGGCGUUUGAAAGCGAUCGGAGAUAAUUCCAGGGUUUGUGUGAAGGAUUCUUCGAAUCGAUUUCUCGGAGUUUGGGCUCGGUUUCGGUGGAUUUGGGGGGAUUUGAAGGUGGUUGCGAGUUGGAUUUGGGGUUUAAGUUGGAUCGGUGGAGGAAGAGAUAUCUGGGGAUUGGGGGAGGAUUUUGAUGGCGUCGUCGGAGGUGUCGGUCGUGAAGGGGAGUAAUGGAAGAGGGGAGAGCUUCUCGUCCGGGUGCAGCGGGCCCAACCAGGGCGCCAGCGUGGCGAUGGAGACUGGCCCGGGGUUCGCAGCUGCUCCGGCGGCUGGGAAAGAGUCGGAGGAUGCGUUGUAUACCGAGCUCUGGCAUGCGUGUGCCGGGCCUCUGGUGACGGUUCCUCGCGUGGGGGAGAAGGUCUUCUACUUCCCUCAGGGGCAUAUGGAACAAGUUGAGGCUUCGACGAAUCAGGUAGCGGACCAGCAGAUGCCUAUCUACAACCUUCCGUCCAAGAUCCUUUGCCGGGUGAUCAACGUGCAAUUGAAGGCCGAGCCGGACACAGAUGAGGUGUUUGCCCAAGUGACUUUGCUCCCGGAAAAGCAAGAUGACAACGCGGUGGAGAAGGAGACGCUGCCGCCCCCACCGCCACGGCCUCGUGUGCACUCUUUCUGUAAGACCCUAACAGCAUCGGAUACGAGCACCCAUGGUGGGUUCUCGGUGCUGAGAAGGCACGCCGAUGAGUGCCUCCCUCCCCUGGAUAUGUGCCGGCAGCCACCGACUCAAGAGCUGGCGGCAAAGGAUUUGCAUGGGGUCGAGUGGCGCUUCCGUCACAUUUUUCGGGGUCAACCAAGGAGACACCUGCUUCAGAGUGGUUGGAGUGUCUUUGUUAGUUCGAAAAGGCUCGUCGCUGGGGAUGCUUUUAUUUUCUUAAGAGGUGAGAAUGGUGAACUACGUGUUGGAGUGAGACGUGCGAUGAGACAACAGACAAAUGUUCCCUCUUCAGUCAUAUCCAGUCACAGUAUGCACCUGGGCGUUCUUGCAACUGCAUGGCAUGCUGUCAACACAGGGACAAUGUUCACAGUUUACUAUAAACCAAGGACAAGCCCUUCUGAAUUCAUUGUUUCAUAUGAUCAAUAUAUGGAAUCCCUCAAGAACAACCAUUCUGUAGGAAUGAGGUUCAAAAUGAGAUUUGAAGGUGAAGAGGCCCCAGAGCAGAGGUUCAUUGGAACCAUUGUUGGCAUAGAAGACGCUGAUUCAAACAGGUGGCCUGGAUCAAAAUGGAGAUGUCUUAAGGUGCGGUGGGAUGAGACCUCUUCAAUUUCUCGUCCAGAGAGAGUUUCUCCUUGGAAAAUUGAACCUGCUUUGACCCCUCCUCCAAUUAAUCCCCUUCCAAUGCCUAGAUCUAAGAGGCCCCGAUCAAAUGUUGUGCCAUGCUCACCCGAUUCAUCUGUUCUUACAAAAGAAGCUGCGUCUAAAAUCAACAUAGACCCUUCCCAUUCACAUGGAACUCCUAGGGUCUUGCAAGGUCAAGAAGUGAUGACCUUGAGAAGCAGUUUUGCUGAAAAUAGCAAGUCAGACGCUGCACAGAAGCCUAUUAUGUGGUCUUCAUCAUGUGAUGAAGAGAAAACUGAUGCUUCUGUUCAGAGAAGAUUGGGAUCAGAAAAGUGGAUGCAAAUGGUACAGCAUGAAAGAAAUUAUAUGGAUAUGUUGUCAGGAUUUUGGCCGACUCAUGAUUCACAUGGAUUCAACUCAACAUUAUUUGAACAGAAUCCUGGUGAUGCACAUUUUUUGAGGAGUUAUUUUCAAGAUCCAGAAGGAAGUCGCAAUGCGCUUCCAGGCCACUGGUCUUUAAUGCCUCCAAAUUUAUCCUAUACUUCGAAUGAGCCUAGCUUGAAGAUGACUGCACAACCUGGUGAGCAAUCCUAUCAGAAAGCUGGAAAUAUUAGGUAUGUAGGGCAGGUAGGCUAUUCUGCACUACCAGGUCUGGGAAUUGAACAACACUCUCCAAAUUGUUUGGCACAUUUUCUGUCAACUUCAUUAAUGGAGAACCCCUCACAACCAAGGGUGGUGAAACCUCAACCCUCUGGGGCAGCAGAAAAUGAUGUGGUAAAACCCCAAGUCAGUGGCAACUGCAAGCUCUUCGGUUUUCAUCUUAAUAGCAACCCGACUGCAUCUGAAACAGUAACAUUGCAGCAAAUGAAUGCUUCAACCCAUGAGCCAGAGCCACACACUCAUGCAGCUGCAUCAUUGAACCAGCUACAGGCCAAAGAGGCUAACAGAUAUUCUGAGCCAUUCAAAGUUAUAAAGUCAGCUGAUCAAACUCCAGUAGGUAGUGAGCUGGAAAAAAGUUUUCAGCCUUGCCCACAGACUUCUAAAGACGUGCAGAGCAAGCACAGUGGUUCAGCAAGAAGUUGCACAAAGGUGCAUAAGCAGGGAAUUGCUCUUGGGAGAUCUGUGGACCUUACAAAGUUCAAUGGCUACGAUGAAUUGUUUGCUGAGUUAGAUCGGAAGUUUGAAUUUCAGGGUGAAUUGAUUUCUCCCAACAAAAAUUGGCUGGUUGUGUAUACUGAUAAUGAGGGUGAUAUGAUGCUUGUUGGAGAUGAUCCUUGGCAUGAAUUCUGCAGCAUGGUUCGCAAGAUUUUCAUCUACACACGAGAGGAGGUCCAGAGGAUGAAUCCAGGAACACUAACCUCCAGAGUUGAAGAGAGUCCAGCUUCUUCCGAGGAAAUAACAGCUGCUAAAGAAAGAAAGGGUCAGGUGCCUGCAUCUUCAGCUCAUCCAGAGAGCUGCUAACUCUGGAAUUAGCACCGUCUUUUUGAAGAAGGGAGGAAAUCAUAGUUGGGACAAGCUUUUGAGAAGUGGGGCCAGGCUGGGAGGUAAUGGAAUAUAGGAUGUGAAUGGUGAGCCCCAUCUUACCCUUAUUGGUGGCACUUGCCCUAAAGGCUGGGGCAACGCAUCUGCUUUAGCUACUACAGUUUUGGUUGUAUUGUGAUUUUUGCUCGCAAAAUUUGUCUGCCUUUUUGGUCUUCCUUAAUCUAUCAUGUAAAUAUCUGUUGUCUGCCUAUCAUAUUAUCAAUUUUAAUGCAUCACAAACUGUUUUUUUUUUGUUUCA